GUGGAAGGGGGCUCUUAAUCUCCAUUACAAAUUUGAAUCUCACCAAUUUUGUAUUCGCGAUCAUUUUCUGUUUUGUGGUCGAGGUGAACAGAACAGUCGAACAACAAGAGAACAAUGAAGUUCCAAAUUUUCCUAUCCGUUUGUGUGAUUGGCAGCCAGGCAGUGUCGUUUUCCAACUUAGUACAAGAACAAUGGGCCGCUUACAAGCUUACUUACAACAAACAAUACCCAGGCGAAAUCGAAGAACGUUUUCGCAUGAAAAUUUUCAUGGAAAACUCCCACAAAGUCGCCCAACAUAACAAAUUGUACGCCCAGGGAUUGGUCACUUACGAAAUGGGUAUCAAUAAAUACUCCGACAUGCUGCACCAGGAGUUCAUCCAGAUCAUGAACGGUUUCAAUAGAACCGCAAUGAGUGGAAGCGAGAUAGAAGAUGGCGUCACGUUCAUCCCUCCUGCUAACGUGGAAGUCCCAGCCUCCGUGGACUGGAGGAAGAAAGGGGCGGUUACAGGAAUAAAAGACCAAGGACAGUGUGGAUCAUGCUGGGCUUUCAGCGCUACGGGCUCCUUGGAGGGGCAAAACUUCCGCAAAACCAAGAAACUGGUGUCCCUAAGCGAGCAAAACCUUGUGGACUGCUCCCAAAAAUUCGGCAACAAGGGUUGCCAAGGUGGUUUGAUGGACUACGCUUUCCUGUACAUCAAGGCUAACAAAGGCAUCGACACCGAAAAGUCGUACCCGUAUAAGGCUGAGGACGAACGGUGCCACUACAACCCCAAGAACAAGGGGGCUACGGAUCGCGGUUUCGUGGACAUCGCGGCUGGCGACGAGGAUGCGCUCCAGAAGGCGGUUGCUACGGUUGGACCGAUUUCGGUCGCUAUAGAUGCUAGCCAUGAGAGCUUCCAGCAGUACCAGAGCGGGGUGUACUACGAGCCGGAGUGCAGCGAGGAUCUGCUGGACCACGGAGUCUUGGCUGUGGGGUAUGGGACCGACAACAAGGGUAACGACUACUGGAUUGUUAAGAACUCGUGGGGAGAGAGCUGGGGGGCUCAAGGGUACAUCCUGAUGGCCCGCAAUCGCAAAAAUAAUUGUGGAAUUGCCACGGCGGCCAGUUAUCCUCUGGUUUAAGUCGCUACUGAGGUCGUAGUUUGAAGAAGUAGGUUAAGUUUUUAAUGCCUUUUGUAU